AGUUCUCACAGCGGCGGAGGAGCCUCGUUUUCUACAGACAUAGAAAGAGGAUUCUAGAUUGAACAGUUGCUCGAUUUUGGAAGAAUGCAAACGGAGCAGAACCCAGAUCCAGAGAAGGACCAGGACCGGGACCGGGACCAAGACCGGGACCAAGACCGGGACCGGGACCAGAACCGGGACCGGGACCGGGACCGGGACCAGAACCGGGACUUUUCCAUCUUUUCCUCUGCUGGUCUGCAGAAUCAUAAAGAAAGACCCAAAAGACACUGCUGUGAUGAAUGCGAGCAAGUCUUCCCCACAUCAUCAAACCUGAAGAAGCAUAAGAAAACUCACACUGGUGAUAAACCGUACAGAUGUGAUCAGUGCAGGGUGGCUUUUAGUGACUCAAGUAAUCUAAGAGCCCAUCAAUGUAUUCACACUGGAGACAAUCCUUACAGAUGUGAUCAAUGUGGAGUGGCUUUUGCCCGACAUCACCUAAAGCAACACCAACUCAUUCACACUGGAGACAAGCCUUACAGAUGUGAUCAGUGUGGAGCGGCUUUUGCCCAUCAAGGUAAUUUGACGAAACACCAACGUAUUCACACUGGAGAAAAGCCUUACAGAUGUGAUCAGUGUGGAGCGGCUUUUGCCCAUCAAAGUCAUUUGACGACACACCAACGUAUUCACACUGGAGAAAAGCCUUACAGAUGUGAUCAGUGUGGAGCGGCUUUUGCCCAUCAAAGUCAUUUGACGACACACCAACGUAUUCACACUGGAGAAAAGCCGUACAGAUGUGAUCAGUGCGGAGCAGCUUUUGCCCAGCAAGGUAAUUUGACGCAACACCAACGUAUUCACACUGGAGAAAAGCCUUACAGAUGUGAUCAGUGUGGAGCGGCUUUUGCCCAUCAAAGUCAUUUGACGACACACCAACGUAUUCACACUGGAGAAAAGCCUUACAGAUGUGAUCAGUGUGGAGCGGCUUUUGCCCGGCAAGGUGCUUUAAGGAGUCACCAACGUAUUCACACUGGAGAAAAGCCAUACAGAUGUGAUCAGUGCGGAGCAGCUUUUGCCCAGCAAGGUAGUUUGACGACACACCAACGUAUUCACACUGGAGAAAAGCCUUACAGAUGUGAUCAGUGUGGAGCGGCUUUUGCCCAUCAAGGUAGUUUGACGACACACCAACGUAUUCACACUGGAGAAAAGCCUUACAGAUGUGAUCAGUGUGGAGCGGCUUUUGCCAAUCAAAGUAGUUUGACGAAACACCAACGUAUUCACACUGGAGAAAAGCCUUACAGAUGCGAUCAGUGCGGAGCAGCUUUUUCCCAGCAAGGUGCUUUAAGGAGUCACCAACGUAUUCACACUGGAAACAAACCAUACAAAUGCGAUCAGUGUGAAGUAGGUUUUGGCACAUCAAGUAAUCUAAGGAGACAUCAACGUAUUCACACGGGAUAAAAAGUGUACAUUUGUGAUCAGUGCUGAUAUAAUUUAAAGUUCAGUUAAAAUGCACCAGUUAAUUUAGUUUGAAAGAAAUAAAUCACAUUUACGCACUGACACACACACCCACACAUAGAUGAUCUGAAGUUUGUGUUUAGGCCCAAUCUCAAAUCUCCCCCUACUUUUCUUCACUCGCCCUUCUUUUCUUCCCUACCCCCUAAAAAAGAAGGUGGAGAUUUUAGGGCACUUGAAAUCUAGGGCACUUGGCCCAGGUGCCUGUCCCAAUUCUCCCCCUACCCCUCGUUUUCCUCCCUACCCUGAACAGGAAGCUGAGAGCCAAAAGCUGUUUUAAUUUCAGCUGUAGCGCUGUUAAUAUGCCACUUUAUUAAGUUUUAAUAUUUUUUCCGGCGUAAAAGUAACCUUUAAGAUCCCCAACCUGGGCUGAGUUUAUCCAAAUAACGCCUGUUAAGAAAUUUGACUCGACGUUUUCGGAGAUGAGAAGAGCCGCCGGCCCAGGGGAGCAGCCUCAGCUCACAGCCCGAGAACAGACGUGAUCGCUGGGUCGACCCACGCCGUCGUCCCGGGAGAGAAACCUGCAGCUCUGUUGAGAAUUACGCUGGCUGAAAUAAAUC